AUGUCAACCUUACAAUUCACAACCCCCACUAUGGGGUACCAGGAGUUACGGGCCAUUAAAGAGCUUGAUCACCUUGAUGAGAAAUCAAUUGCGUUUAAUAAUAAUUCCGAUGAGAUCCCUAGAAGAUCCCCAGCCCGUCUUAUAAACCGGGAAGCCAUGGUGUUUAAGGAGAAGUUGGUAGCGGCAGCAGCAAAUGCUUCUGUCGUUGCAGCCGCUGAAUUCACUUCCCAAUAUUACCUGGAUGCCAGUGAUGCAGAUGAUCUGUUUAACUUUUCUGAUGACCAGAGUAGUCUGGGAAAUUCUGUAUUUUCUGGAGCUUCUUCACCAGUUCUUGACAACAAUUCAGCUGCUGAUAGUUUAGAUGAAGAGUUCUUCAAUGAAAUAGAUGAGGCAUGUGUGUGCGUAAUAGAUGAUGUUAUUCAAGUGAAGAGUGUACAUGACAACUCCUCUCGCACCCGUCGGCCAUUGCUGUACAUUACAUUGUCUGACUAG